UUGCAGGCUGGGAAAGUAGGCAGCUGAGAGCAAAGGGAGAGAGAGACAAGGGGCAGACAGUGGAAAGUAGAGGCCAAGACAGAGAAACAGGGUCGGGGCAAGGCAGAGAGAAUGCUAUAAUACUCAAGCGAAGGAAUGGGGAGUUAGGGAAAAAAAAUUAGAAAAUAGGGGAGACAGUGAGAAGGACAAAGAUAUCCAUCUGUAUUUCCAUCCAGAGAGUGAGAGGCAUAAACACAGGGAGAAGGAGCGAGAUAAACAGGCAGAGAGGGGAACGACAGAACCAGAGAAAGACUGACCCGGGCUCAGAGACUCAGGGACACAGGAACCUGGACUGUUUUUGGUCUUUGUUGUUAGCCAUGGAAGCAGAAGGGAGGAGUGAGCAGGGUAAGCAGAAGAAGGGGCGACUUUGCAGCAGCCUCUGGCCCGAGGGCUACCCCGCCGCUGGGACUCUGACCUCCACGGUGGACAUGAGCCCUCGGCCCUACAGGAACCUCUCUGGUGUAGGAGUGCGGAGACCACGGCUUUCCCCACAAGGUGCACAGAGGGGUCGCCCGCACUCCAGGCGCCGCCACCGAACCACCUUCAGCCCAGCGCAGCUGGAACAGCUGGAGGCAGCCUUUGGGAGGAAUCAGUACCCUGACAUUUGGGCCCGAGAGGGCCUCGCCCGGGACACAGGCCUCAGUGAGGCGAGAAUCCAGGUCUGGUUCCAGAACCGCAGAGCUAAGCAGAGGAAGCAAGAGCGGUCACUGCUCCAGCCACUGGCCCAGCUGUCUCCUGCCACCUUCUCUGGUUUCUUGCCCGAGUCCCCUGCCUGCCCCUACUCCUACCCAACACCACCUGCACCCAUGACCUGCUUCCCUCACCCCUACAACCAUGCCCUUCCCUCUCAGCCCUCCACAGGCAGUUCCUUUGCUCGGCCCCACCAGUCUGAAGACUGGUACCCCGCCUUGCACCCAACUCCUACUGGUCAUCUGCCUUGCCCCCCACCCCCAGCUAUGCUUCCCCUUAGCCUUGAGCCACCAAAGUCCUGGAACUAAGGUUGAACAGGAGCUGAUAAGGUAAUCUCCCAGCCUGUGGCCCUGGUGAAACUCAGGGAAAGCUGGGUGGCUUCCCUUCCUUCUAAGGAUCAAGUAGAAAUUUGGUGAUGGGCAGCUCAGAGAUAGGAAUUUAAAAAUGGGAGAUCUGAAGAAGGCAUUCUGAGGUGAUUAGUUGAGGGAAUGUGGAGAGGUGAGUCUACUAGAAGAUACAGAUAAAAUGCUCAGUGGAGGUAACCAGGUAGAAGGGUGAUAUUGAUGAUGGAAGCAAUUGUUGCCACUGGUGAAUGGAUAUUAGUGAACGUGAUACAACUUUUGGGGCUUCAUUAAUUGACAUCACAAUUGAAGAUCUGCACCCAGCAGUUUCUAACUGAUUUCAAUACGGCUUUUGAUUUAAAGUUUACCUGCUCUUCUUUCCCCCAUCACCCACUCCCACUACCCAAAUCAGUCAUUAACUUUUGUUCAUUAAUGUUCUAGAAAUAUCUCUUGAAUUUCAUCUUUCCUGGCCCCAUAUCUUCUAAUUAAUCCUCCUCAAUAACUCCCUUAGCUCCAGCCUUUCCCAUUGCCACCAGACCCUGCAAAUCUGAUCAUCACAGAUCUGCUCUCCAAUGUCUUAUAAAAAAAAUAAACAAAUAAGAUCUGAGUCUCCAACGUUACCUUCAACCUGACUCU